AUGGAACUUAAUGACAGAUUUAAAAUAGAAAAUGUCAUAUUUCCUGUUGUACCAUCCAACGAAACUGAACAGUCUCGUGAUCAAACUUAUGCUAAGUUUACUCCUAUUUUUCAUGAAUUAAGACAAUUAAAAUACGGAAGAUAUCUUAAUUUGACAGCAUCAAAUAAUAAAUUUAAACCACUUCAAAUCUUCCUGUUGGCAGCAUGUGUUGAUAACUAG